AUGGUUGCAUAUAAUGCUAUUAACGAUGACAUUGAUUAUGCUACAAAAUGGUGGUCAAGUUAUUCAACAAGAAAUUACACCGAUAUGGCAAAAGCGCAAACAACAUACGAUAAUUAUAUUGGAGAUGUCUUUGGGAGACCAAAAAGAAUGGCAAGAUCUGCUUCUAUGACAAAUUUGACAUAUAUUAAAGAUGCUGUUCAUGAGUAUCCAAUUAAGAAAAGUGAUUCAAUUUCAAGUUUGGCUCCAUCACUUGCUCUUCCCCAAGAACUUCGCGACCCACAACGUAUUGUUCAUACAACACAUGUAUACAAACCUGUUAUUAGUGAUUGGUAUAACAAAUCAUAUGGAAAAGCUUAUCAUAAAGAUACACUUGAAUCUCUUAAAAAACCAUUAUAUCCAAGAGAUACUGGAAUAACUCAAUAUAGUUCACAUGUACCAUAUUAUACUCUUCAAACAAAAAGAAUUUUUAAUGAACAAAAAGAUCGCUAUAGAAAAAGUUAUUUAAGAGGAAGUUGUGAUUACAUGAGUAAAUAUGUAUCAGCACGUUUAAAUGCCGAUGACUUUGCUCAAAGAUUUGUUCAUACAGCUUAUGAGGCAAGAUAUAUUCAAGAUCAUGCUUUUAAUAGACAUUUUAUGUUUGGUGAAAGAGUAUAUAUACCACAUGCUCCCUCAAAUCCAUAUGCAUAUAUUAAUGCUAGACACGAUAGAAAUAUCUACAAAACUACUGGAAGAUACAAUUUCUUCAAGUAUUAA